AUGUCUAUGCGCAUCGCCCCCGCCUCCGGCCACUCAUCCCUCCACUCCCACCUCGCCGCCAAAUCCGCCGGCGCCCCCUCCGCCCCAGGUCUCCACGACACCCUCCGCGCAGGCGUCGGCCCAACCACCCACGGCUCCUCCGAAACCCUCCAGCUCGACUCCACCCACCCUCUCGAAUCGCGUCUCGCACAAUGGACUGCAACGCAGGAUAGCCUGAAGCUUGAGGGUCUGCGGAGGACAUUCGGCAUGGCGGAGCCGAUUCGCCGGGGCAUGGAGCUCAAGAUCACGAGGGAUGGAGAGUGGCGCCCGUUGGUGCUGGGAGGCGGACAGCCGAGCGUUCAUGAGGAUAUUUUGGCGGGCAGGGAUACGGGGUGCACGUGGGAGGAUGUUUUCCAGGGGACGGAAAUGAGGGGGGUGCAGGGCUUCCAUGAGGAGUUGGAGACGAAGGUUAGGAUGGGACAGCAGUAG